UACCCCGACGAUGUGGUUCCUGUCGAUAUUUCUUCUCUUGGACGUUACACUGGCGAACCGAACGUCUUUCUACGAUCAGGAAGUACUUUGUUUGAGCGAACUGCCGAUGAGUGAAUUGAUCCAAAUAAAGUCCUCCCUCGUGGGCGGAGAAGAUGUUGUCGAGGAUGACGAACGGGCCGAGGGAAUAUCCAGCAGAGCGCUUCCGUUGUCGUUACCUGUCGCCCAGGCCUUAAAGAGAACGAACAGGAAACCGAUAAGACGAUACGAGGAUCAUUCGGACGAGAAAGGGAAAGACACGAAAAUUUCCAAGAUUUUCCAAUUAUCGGUCACGGCGCUCUCGUUCCUCGCAUUCGGUGGCUAUCUGCUCACUCUUAUAAUAACAGGAAUUCGUCAAAACGCAGCAACUACGAGCAAUGGAAACGUUAUAGUGCUCUCGAACUUGCAGGCUUUGCAAAACUAUAAUCGUCCUAAACGAAACGUCCCGACCCUCGAUCUUCCAGUAAACGACACGGAGAUCGAGAAGCUGUACCGAGGAUUGAUCCUGCUGUCGAAAUCGUACGCGAUGUACAAUUAAUGUACAAUUAACGAUGCCUUUACACCACGUACGCUCGUGAAAGGGUAAAUACGAAGCACACGUUCUCCGUUUAAUGUCUCUCAAUUUUCGCCGAGCGACUGAAAU